GCCUAGCUGUACAGCCGUUCCUCUAUCCCCUCGUUACAUCACACCAUAACAUAUCGAACCUUUGUUGAAGCUUCGACAUCCUCUCACUUAUACAAUCCUUAACUACUAUUUUGACUACUUUGUCACGUCCAUAGCUGCAUUUAUAUGUCCGUAUAGGUCUACAGUUACGCUCCACACGUGACCCGCGAAGAAUGGUCAAAGAGGGAUAGAACACUCAUCACUGCCAACGCCGGCUUAUAAGUUGCAAUUCGAGUUGCAUCACAAUCACGCGUCGAACAAGACAAAUCCACAAUAACAUCUCGCUAUCUUUGACGUGGCAGUCAACCUCGCCGUAUGCUUUGCCAUCUCAGCCUCUUUCUAGUCACCAGAUUUGCAUAACGCGAUGUCGCUACCCUCCAAGUCUUCCGCGUGGCUUCGGCCGCGGGAUGCUUCCCUUGGCUUCCUGAUAUAUAUCACCAUCGCCACCUUGUGCUUGUUCAUCGGCACAUCUUCCGCCGCAGCAGCGAGCGAUCGAACUGGCAACUGGACCUCCCUGACCUGUUCAGAUCCGGCCGUGCAGGAUGCUCUCUAUAUGGGCUGCGCCCAGCGCUGGUCCGAGUUGGACGCCGACGACGCUUGGAAGGACGUCAUCCGAGUAUGGACUCAGCACGACGAGGGCAAAACCACGUUCAGCGUGUCCGUCAUGAACACGCUCCAUGCCCCUAACGAAACGGACUGCGGGUUAAUCGCUCCCGAAGGCAACUGUGAUCAGACCCAAACUUGCGGCUAUAUUCUAAGCAGUAACGGUACCGGUGCUACGGGGCCCGCGGCCUAUCUGAUCUAUGAAUCCCUCGUGGCCAUCAACGAGAUGUACUACAACCUCUACAAUGCAAUUCAGGAUGCCGCACAAGAUAUCGUCCUCUUCUCGAUUCUACCCAUGGAGCAAGCAUUUGCACCGGUGCCUCCGAAACCCGCCGCCGAGUGGCUACCAAUAUUGCGCAACAUGCUGGAUCUCGGCGUCAGGGCAAUCUCCGCAUCAUUCUUCAACGCGCUUUUUGGUUCUUCGCAAGCUCUUGGCAACCGUGUAGACGCCGACACGGCCAGGAACAUCACGUAUGCCAGCCUCGCGUUGACAACCGCAAGCGUUUCCGCUACGAUUGAUGGUAGUUCAAAGAAGCAAUGGACACCAAAGUCUCAAACAACCUUCAGUUCCACCGUGGGACAGGUCUUCUCCGGCUGGGCUACCAUCGUUGAAAAUCAGCUCUAUACUCUAUUCGAUGGAUCUGAAGCCUCUGUCAAACUCCUCGGCUCAAUGAUGGCCAAUGGCCAUCUCCUCGACUGUAACGGUACUAGCCCCGUGGAUGCCUACGACUUUACCAACGACCUGGAGAAGUUCAUCCAAAAAGCCUUUUACGCGUUCGCCAUCCCGGCCCUCUGGACCGUCUCCGGCACCAAUGCCUUCGUCGUCGACUCGGGCUAUCCCUGCGGCACGGUCAACCCACUGACCAAUUACAUGACCGAGGACACCCAAGAAGCCACCUAUUCAUGCCACAACAACAGCUUGUACUAUCUAGUCUAUCCCGGCGGUGGCUCACAUGGCCAAUUCGCCGCACCGCCAGGACUUGACGGCCUCGCCAAGGGGUACUGGGGCAACCUCUCCCUGUCCGACCUCAUCGCGGGAUCCGUCAACACGUACGUCGCCAACGGCAACACCAACGGGGGCGCCCCCGCCAACCAGCAGAACCAGCAGACUCUGCAGGACCUCGCAAGCCAGGACGUUACGACCCCCGGCUUCAUCACCCUCCCGGUGUGCAGCGCUCAGGUCGCCUUCGCCUCGUGGUCGAGCCCAUCGCGGUCCAACUCCAGCGCUCCAGGCUAUCCCUGCAACCCGCUACAGGGCUCGUAA